CAUCCAUUCCACCAUCCCAAAACACGCCACCAGCAGAGCCCUUUUUAUUAUAUAUAUAAUUGACGUCGUCUCGACCGUGUGAAUCGAACUGCUUUCUUUUUGACUGAAUCGAACUGCUUUCUCUUCUGAGAUCAGUUAAAAACAACAGACAUUAGAAGUUUUGCAGCUGCACCUAACAGGCAAAAGCUUCUCCUCCUUUACUAGUUAUUCAAAGCAAAGCUCACUUUACCAGGAUGGCUGACCCUGUUAUCUCUCUUAUUAUCGAGAAAACUGGAGAUCUGCUGAUUCAAAAACUUGUUUUCCUGAAAGGCGUUCGACGACAAGUUGAGAGACUUCGAAAUGAUCUGGUGCGGAUGCGGUGUUUCCUGAAAGAUGCUGAUCAGAGGCAAGAUGAAGAUGAGAGGAUUCGCAACUGGGUUUCUGAAAUCAGAGCUGCGGCCUACGAUGCGGAGGAUAUCAUCGAGAUAUUUGCCAGCAAAGUUGAGUUCUUCACAAAGGACAAGGGAAUCGUCACUAAAUUGACAUAUUAUCCCUUCAAAAUUGUGAACUUCUACAAGAUAGGUAAAGAGAUUGAAUCCUUACGGAUGAGGCUCAAGGAGAUUGCUGAUAGCCGCGUAGAGUACGGUAUCAAAAAUCUUGGAGAGGGGAUGACUACACAUGGAGAAGAGCUUCAACGGAUCCGGCGAUCCUCUCCUCUCAUCGAGGACAAGGAUAUAGUGGGCUUCGGGGAGAUAACAAAAUCCCUGGUGGCAGAACUCUUGAAAGAGGACAGAAACCGCCGUGUGGUUUCAAUCAUUGGCAUGGGAGGUGCAGGUAAGACAACUCUAGCCAAGAAAGUUUAUAACCAUGCUGAUGUUAGGGAGAGAUUCGACUGUCGUGCUUGGGUAUGUGUCUCUUCAAUUUACAAUCACAAAGAGACGCUGACAUCAAUCAUAAAGCAACUGAAUCCAGUAACUAAUGAGCUACUUGACAUGUUGGAAAAGAUGCAGGAGCAGGACUUGGAAGAAAGGCUGUAUAAAGAUCUACAAGACAAAUGUUAUCUUGUGGUACUUGAUGAUGUAUGGAAGGAAGAAGCGUGGGAUUGUCUUGCCAGGAGGGCCUUUCCUGAUGUUAAUACAUCAAGUAGAGUGCUACUUACAAGUCGCAAGCGGGAUGUUGCCGUACACGCAGAUGCUCUUAGCAUCCCACAUGAGUUGAAAACUUUGGGGGAGGACGAUAGCUGGCAGUUGUUCCUCAAAAAGGCCUUAGGCCACGGAGCUAAUGCUGUUUGUCCUUCAGAUUUGGAAGUAGUAGGCAGGAAAAUUGCGGGGCGAUGUGCCGGUCUACCACUGGCCAUAACGGUUAUUGGUGGCCUGCUACUGGGCAAGAAAAAGUUGAAGAGUGAAUGGGAGAAAGUUCUCAACAACUUCAACGCAUACCUGUCAAGGAGCCAGAGUGAAGCAGGGCCGAUUCUGGAAUUAAGUUAUGCAGAUCUUCCUGCCAAUCUGAAAUAUUGCUUUUUGUAUUUGGGUUUGUUUCCAGAGGACUCCGUGAUUUCUGUGCGCAAGUUGAUCCAUAUGUGGGUUGCAGAGGGAAUAAUGCAGAAAAGAGAUGCAAAAAAUUUGGAGGAAACUGCAGCAUAUGAUGAUGUGGAACGACUUUGUAGUAGGAAUAUGGUCCAAGUGGCGGAAAUGACUGUUGAUGAGAGGAUUAAAAGCUGCAGAGUCCAUGAUUUACUGCGAGAGCUUGCAAUCAGAAAGGCAGAGGAUGAAAAUUUUUUUCAGGUCCAUGACACCAGAGAUGAUGAAAUAUCAGCCAAAUCCAGGGAAAACUUCAGUCUUAGCUUCAAAAGUUUCAGAAAGCUCAGGAUACUAGACCUUGAGAAAGCUGGGAUGGAUUAUUUGCCAAAAGAAAUUGGUGAAGUCAGGCUUCUAAGGUAUCUCGGUUUAAGACGCACACUCAUUAGAAGGCUCCCUCAUUCCUUGGGUUGCUUGCGAAACCUACAAACUCUUGACAUACGGACCUAUUACCCAGUAGAAGUUUCAAAUUUCAUUUGGAAGCUUGAAAGUUUACGGCAUCUAUAUGCGUGUCGUAUGGAGUGCGAUGUGCCUCUUAAGAUUGAUGGAUUGAGGAAUCUCCAGACUCUGUUAGGCGUAAACUUUGAUGACAUUAUGCACAAUAACAUGAUAACUUUGACAAGUCUUCAGAAACUGGGGAUUUGGGUGGGUGAAAGGUCAGAGAUUGACAAACUCUGCUUGCAUUUAUCUGAGGUUGAAAACCUAAAGACGUUACAUCUUUAUCGUAAUAUAACAACAGUGUGGCCAUCUCUAGCUGGACUUUCUAAGCUCCAUCAUGUAACAGAGCUCAAGCUAUCCGGGAUGUUUUUGAGAAAGCUGCCUCCUGAUUUCCCUCCAAAUCUCUCUCGCUUGUCUUUGAAAAACACAUUCCUCAGGAAUGACCCAAUGCCAGUGCUAGAGAAGUUGGGACAGCUGUCGUUUCUCAAAAUGAAAGAUGCAUACAGGGGACCACAGCAUAUGGUCAUUUCUAGGCAUGGGUUUCACCAAUUGAAAUUCCUUGAGCUCAGAUACCUAAGAGUGGAUGAAAUAAAGGUGGAGGAAGGUGCAUUGCCACAGCUCCAGUGCCUGAGAAUUAGGGAGUGCUACAGUUUAGAAAAGUUGCCGGAAGAGCUGAAGCACAUAUCUAGUCUUGAUGCGCUUGAGCUUGUGGACAUGCCAGAAGAUUUCAUCAGUGGGCUUGAUGCGGACAUGGUAUCCACCGUCCCUAACCUCAGAAUAUUUUGACUUGCCGGAGGAAAAAAGUUGGUAUUGGUAUUUAUAAUUCAUGCGUAGAAUGGAAGGUAUGUCGUGUAGUGAUUAAUAAAAUUAUUUCAA